GCCGACGCCGGGGUCCGGGCCAUGGCCGGCCGGGGCUGCGGCUGCGGCUCGGGCCACCUGAACGAGGACAACGCGCGCUUCCUGCUGCUCGCCGCGCUCAUCGCGCUCUACCUGCUGGGCGGCGCCGCCGUCUUCUCCGCGCUGGAGCUGGCGCACGAGCUCCAGGCCAAGCAGCGCUGGGAGGAGCGCCUGGCCAACUUCAGCCGCCGCCACAACCUGAGCCGCGACGAGCUGCGCGGCUUCCUCCGCCACUACGAGGAGGCCGCCAAGGCCGGCAUCCGCGUGGACAACGCCCGCCAGCGCUGGGACUUCACCGGCGCCUUCUACUUCGUGGGCACCGUCGUGUCCACCAUAGGGUUUGGGAUGACGACGCCAGCGACAGUAGGAGGGAAAACCUUUCUGAUCUUGUAUGGCCUCAUUGGGUGCGCAAGCACCAUCUUGUUCUUCAACCUCUUCCUGGAGCGCCUGAUCACCGUCAUCGCCUACAUCAUGAAGUCGUGCCACCAGCAGCAGCUCCGGAGCCAAAGGGCCCUGCCCCAGGAGGGCCUGAAGAACCCGGGGAAGCGCGAGGCGGACGGCCUGGCCGGCUGGAAGCCCUCUGUGUACUACGUCAUGCUGAUCCUGUGCGUGGCCUCGGUCCUUGUCUCCUGCUGCGCGUCGGCCAUGUACACCUCCAUCGAGGGGUGGAGCUACUUCGACUCACUCUACUUCUGCUUCGUGGCUUUCAGCACCAUUGGCUUCGGGGACCUGGUCAGCAGCCAGAACGCCCAGUAUAAGAGCCAGGGCCUCUACCGCUUCGCCAACUUUGCCUUCAUCCUCAUGGGCGUCUGCUGCAUCUACUCCUUGUUCAACGUCAUCUCCAUCCUCAUCAAACAGUCUGUGAACUGGAUUCUGAGGAAAAUGGAUGGCGGGUGCUGCCAGCAGUGCCAAAGUGGACUCCCGCGGUCACGGAGGAAUGUGAUCAUGCCGGGCAAUGUCCAGAACCGGUGCAACAUCUCCAUAGAAACGGAUGGGGUGAUGGAGAGCGACACGGAUGGGCGGCGUCCCUCGGGGGAGGUGAUCUCCAUGAAGGACUUCCUGGAAGCCAACAAGGUCUCGCUGGCCAUCCUGCAGAAGCAGCUGUCUGAGACCGCCAACGGCUGCCCCCACCAGAUCGCACUGUCCCGGGACAACGAAUUCUCAGGGGGGGUAGGAGCCUUUGCGAUAAUGAACAAUAGGCUGGCAGAGACGAGUGGGGACAGGUAGGAGUGAGGCGUGGACACUGGGCAUGGAGGCCGAGGGGAGAGACGCCGCCGAGAGGACUGUCACCCGGCUCGGCUCUGCUUGUGGCCGGGUUCUUCUGGAGCUGUUCUAGCUUCAGUCUCAUCGUUUGGGUCCAAAAAAUGCAGCUUUCAGGCGGUGGGAAGUUGAAGCCUCAAUGCCUUUCUCGGUAUCUUUAUUCUCUUAAGUUUAAAUUCAGUCUUUUUCAAAACGAAUCACAAAAGCAGCCUAAGACAUUGCACCGUUUCUUGACUCACCCUGCUCCAGGUUUUUAACUGCCUAAGGGAGGGGGGUUUAAGUAAGCCUUGAUUUUCUGCUGCUCUGUUCUUCAUUUGGAAGUAAAAAUCCUGAAGAUCCUCAUUUCAUCCCUGGAACUCUGAAUUCACCACCUCUCCCAGCUCCUUCAAAACAAGCAGGGGGAAAAAAUGUUUGUAGAUGUGUCAGCUCUGGACCACCUUCAGAGCAGAUUUCUCGGGGUGCCCAGGCUGAGGAAACCAUCUGUUCUGCUCCUCAUACCUGCCUCCCGGCUUUUUGUUUUUCUUUUGUUUUGUUUUUAAGAUCUUAAAGCUUUGUCUGUGGGACCUCAGUGUGAUAAGAAAACUAAAUUCAGCUUCAGGCCUAUAAAAUGGCAGCAAAGUGGUGGGAGAGACUCACCUUGGAAAGUAAAGAAUAUAGCUCACCAUUUUCCCUUUGA